AUGGGUGCCCGCCAACGCAGAGAUUUGGUUGUGAGAAGAAGGCGGGUUGAGGACGAGGGCGAUGAUGAAGGAGCUCAAGAUAUUACUGAAAUGGAUGAUGACUCUCUAUCUGAAGGUUCAAUAAUCAGUGACGAUGAAGAUGUACAUGAGGACGAUGAACCUGUCAAUGGCGACAUCACAACUAAUGAGGUACCUCAAUCAACCAAGAUGAAUGGAAAUAGAUCAACUGGGCAGAAUGGUGGACAAACAAAAGCUAGCAAUGGUACUACUGAAGCUUCAAAGUUCACAAAUGGAGCCAAUGAUAUGGAAAUGAUGGUGAAUGGGCCCAAAACCUCUGAACCGGUAGAAACUGUACAAUUCGAGGACUUUCGAGAAGACGAGACGAAAGAUACCCCUUCACCGGCUAUUGUCACAUCUACUGCUCAAAUGGAUCGAUCACAAGAACAACCUCAUGAAAGGCGAAGGAGAGAACAUGAAGAAUACAAGAAAAAGAGAGAUGCGGAUCCUGCGUUUGUGCCAAAUAGAGGAGCAUUCUUUAUGCACGAUCAUCGUCAUGCUGGUCCUGCGGCGAAUGGUUUUCGGCCAUUUGGCAGGGGCAGAGGUGGUCGGGGCCGGCCCGGAAUUGGGGGGCCUAAUAUCUCACAACCUUUGGAACCUACCGAUGUUCAAUGGGCACACGAUAUGCACGAAAUAAUAACUGAACCCGUACCAUCAUCUACAAAUGGAGCUUCAAAUGGAUCCCAAAGACCAGCACCAGCUUCGAAAUCUGCACCGCUCAAUCGAUCACUUUCGACUACGAAGCACAUUGGAAAUGUACAAAUUCGUGUAUUCUUUGCAGAUAUGGAAAAACCUGUUGUAUUUCCUGGAAUUCCAGUGAAGCAAUAUACGCGUCUGCCUGAUCACCGACCGCCGCUUCGUCGAGAUAAACCAGUUCGAAUAUCCCUACCUGAUCAUCCACCACGUUACAUAUUCCCUGCUGUCGAUAGAUCAUUUAUAUUCAUCCCAAGAGCUAUGCGACCUAAUCAACAGGGAUUUGGUGGACGUGGCAGAGGUAGAGCUGGCCUUGGAUCUGUGGGUGGUUUUUCGAGACGUACAAGUGUUUUUGGUGGAAGCAUUUAUGGAGGAACAUAUACUCCAAGCGUUGCCAUGAGUCGUCGCUCGUCUCUUGCACGAGAAGUCAAUCGAGAAACACUUGUCUCACCCAGUGGUUCAACGAUGUCAAGGCCACAAAUCUCGAUGGAUUCAUCAAGACCUGUUGUAAAAUUACCACCAUCAAGUCAAGCUGCACAAUCUCAACAAACCCAGGCUCCUGAGUCUGGAAUAAUUGAUUCAUCUCCACAAGCAUCUUCUCUCGAUAAUGUUCCACGCCCUCAAACUUAUCCCCUUCCACAAAAACCAGCUCUUCGGGAAAAUCGCCCAAAUGCAAUUCCCAUGCAUCAACCUCGGCCUCAAAAGACCGUGUCUGUGGCCGACAUCGAAUCACCCGCAUCUAUGUCAUUCAAUCCUCCUCAGCAAACCCAACAACCAUUCCAUCAACAAGUUCCCAUUCAAAUCAAUGGUAACAGUUACUCGCACGAUAAUACUCAACAUACCCGGCAACCAUCUUACCCCAGUCAAGCUUCGACUGGUACACCGUUGUCACAAAUUCCAGAGAGAGCUAUUCACGCACCAGCUUUUCAACCUAACCCUUACCAACAACAAGCUUCCAACUUUUAUCCCCAAACUUAUCCUGUCUUGCAGCCUCCUCAAGGAUAUUAUUACCCCCAAACCUUUAAUGCACCUAUGACUUCUGCAGCUGGUGCAGCUCCUUUUGUACCUACACAACAGCAGCCACAACAAACAUAUAAUCAAGCCGCACCACAGACUACUGAAAGCUCGGCAACACAAGCACCUCAAAACUUGGUUGCCCAAGAAGUCAAUGGAAUGGUGUAUUACUAUGAUGCCGCACAAAUCCCAGCUGUUCCAACUUUCCCAGGCGGCUAUCAACAAACUCAACAGUAUCCUAUGCAACAAGUAGGGGGUGUAGUAGGAAUGGGCGGAAUGAUGACACCAAGUCCAGAUGGCUUUUAUUAUCCACAGCAACAAGGCGUAGUCUACUAUACGCAGUAA